CUAACCUUAAGCCGAUAGUAUCGUCCGAGUACAAGUACACAGUCGGUUGACAGCUAUUAUAUAAUCAUGUCAUUGUACAGAUAAAUUAUUUCUUAUACUCAUUGUUAAUUAGUUGAUCAAGUAACUCUAGGGCUUUAACCCACCCGUCAGGAUGCAAGAAACAAGAAAAUUUUCUUCUCUUUCCACGAAAAUUCCUGAUGGGUUCAGGUUUUGGCCUAAUGAGAAAGAGUUGAUCUCUCAUUAUCUCUACGGCAAGAACAAUGGCAUAUUUUCAUCAACCCAAAAUCAGCUUCCUGUUAAGUACUGUGAUUUUUACGGUAAAGAAGAGCCUUGGAAAAUAUGGAAGAAGUUUGGCGGAGACAAGUUAAGAGAUCGUGAAGAUCUUUUCUUCUUCACAACGUUAAAGAAGGUAGCCCCUGGUCCCGGCUCUAAUAUCAAUCGCAGGGACUGAGAUUUCAGGCAAGAGUUCAGUACUUCAUUAUCAUGGUUUGACAGCAUAUAAGAAGCGAUUUACUUAUCAGAACCCGUCGAGAUUGGACCAAGAUCGUUGUUGGAACAUGCUUGAGUAUAGUUUGGAUGGUGGGGAAUCGAGUUAUGAGCUUUGUCGACUCAAAAGGAGCAGAAAACAAUCCAAGAAGAGAAAGAUCGGAACUAUUAAUGGUGACUUUGUGGAGGUUCUUGGACCUGACAAGCGCUCGAGAGCUGAACAAGAAUCGCCAAACAAUUUUCAAGAAAGUCGAGAGGCAGUUGAUGUAGUACCUUGUGCGGAAGAACGAGAUCCCAGGGCUGCUAUGCAUAUUCCCUUGCCCCAUAAUUCUGGUAGAAUCUCAAUUAAUAUUGGCGAUAAUCAGGUCAAGGGUUCUGAACCUGAUACACACUUGAGAAUUGAACAAGAAUUGCCAAAAUCUUUUGGGGAAAAUCUUCACGAAAAUCAAAAGGCUGCAGUUGAUAUAGUAUAUUCUGUAGAAGAGAAAGAUGCCAUGACUGUGGUGGAAGUUUCUCAACUUGACAAGUGCUCGAGGGUAGAACAAGAAUUGCCAAAGAAUUUAAACGAAAAUCAAGAGGCUGCGGCUGCGAUAGAAGGAAAAGAAUUGCAGAAGAACUUUCAGGAAAAGUAAGAGGCGGCAGAUUAUAUGGUACCUGCUAUGGAAGGACAAGAAUUGAAUUUUCAGGAAAAUCAAGAGGUGGCUGUUGAUGUGGUACCAGAACCUAGGGAAGAAUCUGAUAUACCGGCCAUGGCAGCUUCUAUGCCUUCGCCUUGUGAACCUGAGGGCUCAAUCUGAUGAUGAUAUAGAUCCUUCAAUGACUUGUUUGGAGGGUACAUCUAGUGAUACAUCAUGUGUAUUCUCGAUUCUUUAAUAUAUUAUCACCUAAAGAUAAA